GCUUUAGAGUCAACUCAAAUAUGAGAGUUAUAUCGGCUCUAUGGGUAACGUAUCAGAGAUAUCUCACCACACAUCCAUGGAAAACUCAAACUCUGACUACUGCUGUGAUGUUUAGUACAAGUGACAUCUUGACUCAACAAAUUAUCGAAAAAAAGGGAUUGCAUCACGAUUUUAGAAGAACACUUCGCAUGUACAUAAUGGGAGUCAUUAUUGGGCCUAUUCAAAGGACAUGGUUUUUAACACUUGAGCGCCUUCUACCACCUACAUCCAAGAUGCAAAUUCUCAAGAAACUUAUAGUAGACCAAACAAUUUAUGGUCCUUUUAUAAUAUUUUUCUUCUAUAGCUUAUCAGGGACACUGUCUGGGAAAGAUAUUAGUGAGAUCAAGGAAGUUAUUGAAGAGAAGUACCUUAGAACUUUGAUCACAGGUUACAAAGUGUGGCCAUUUGUACAAGCAAUUAAUUUUACUCUUGUCCCUGUUCAAUUGCGAGCUAAUUUUGUUCAAGGGGUGUCUCUUGGUUGGAAUAUGUACUUAUCCUGGAUGGUAAACAAACCUGUGAACAGCUUAACCCUCACUCAUGACAGUCUAGGGGAAAAGAACCCAGACUUUUCUGUGGACUCUGAUAUAUGAAAAGCUGUGUAGAUUACAAACUUAUUGCAUCGUUGCAUUUUAAAUACUUUAAAUAUUACAUAUAUUUAUUUAGUUUUCUAAUAGAUUUGUGUAGCAAUGGUAUCAUCAAUGCCUUAAUCCUCGGUGCUGAGGUGUAGGUUUAAAAUUUUGGUAAAUCUAACUGGAAAAUAUGCAGACUUCAUGUAAAAUUAAAUUAAAUGCAACCGUAACCCUAACUCAUGACAGCCAUGGGGAAAUGAACCCAGACUUUUCUGUGGAAUCUGAUAUAAGAAAAGCUGUGUAGAGUACAAACUUAUUGCAUCAUUGUAUUUUAAAUACUUUACUAAAAACUUGUAUAAGUUUCUUAUAGAUUGGUGUAGCAGUAGCAUCAUCAAUGUCUUAAUCCUCAGGGUGGAGGUGUAGGUGUAGGUUCAAAAUUGAUAUUUAUCUAAAUGAAAAAUAUGCAGACUGCAUGUAAAAUGAAUGUAAUUUGCAAUAAUAUUUCAAGGCUGACAUGCCUGUUGUAUGUUUAAUUUGACGAUCAACUUCAAUAACAUAUUUUUCUUAGUCACUCCACAGUAUAGCAACAAUGCUUGGUAUUUAUAUCAUCAGUAGUUUGAACAACCCAAUAUUCCUUUACUUUUGUAUUUAGGAUAUAAGUUACAUAAGUUGUGUGAUGAUGAUGAUGAGUGAUGAGAUAAGAAAAGAAACAUCAAAUACUUAACCCAUAAUAACUUACCAGUACAGCUGGUUGGGGUGUGAAUGCAUUUAAUUUUUUUUCCAUUUAUUGUAAGUUGUAGUGACAUUGUUACUUUUUUUGGCUUUUGGGGGCCAAUUUUUUUGACAGAUUGGUUCCUGAAAAUUUCAGUAGCAACCUCAAAAUUCCAAUUUCAGCCCCCUCAUACCCGGUGUUUAAAAUGAGUGAAAUAAGUGUAGAACAAAAACCCAUGGCCUCAAGGGGUAUCUGGGUGAACACCAGUUAUACAGUCCAGCUAGUAUUAAGCAGUCACCUUGUAAUAAGUGCUCAAUUUUUGAAGUUCCAAAUUUGUUUCCUCUUAAUCCCUUUACUAAAGAGAUAAAAAACAUGCCAAGUGCAUGUGGCAUAAGGCGGGUGCUUUAUGGAAAUUUAAUGAACUCAUUCUUACCGAUCACAGUGCACGCAUUUCUUUGAACAUUAAUAAUAAGUCCCAAAGGCCUAUUUUAUUGUUUUCACCUGUAUUGAACAGUCACUGAAAGCAGAACUACUCAAAUAAAACUAAAAAUAAUCUUUCAAGUAACUUUGAAUCCGUGUUUCUCACCCAGAAUCUAGGUAGUAUUUUUGAGCAAGAUUCUGUGCGGGAUUAAGUGGUCAAUUAUGGCAUAAAGUGGUAUUGUGUAUGGUUUUUUUUAAUACCACUAA